UAGAUUGUGUCGCGCCUACGUGAUUGUUGGGACCGCAAGCAAACGCCGUGUAGUUUUGCUUGAACGCUGCGUCUGUGGCUUGUGUCACGACGCCUACAAAAGACUGUUUGCGUUUAAAAAUGAACAGCCACGACGGUUCUAUCGAUGCGAAUGAGGCUACGAGAUUGCUCAAGCACAUUCUUCGUGUCGGAAAGGCUUACGAACCUCCUACGGCUAGCGACGCGGAGAUGACAACCAACGGAAACAUGGAAGCCAGUGCCAGCGGCCAGGUCGAGGCGACCAGUGAUGCUGGUGGAGAGAACCUUCUUGAUUCGCUAUUCCGCAACACACAGCCACAAGAUCAGCAUCAGAGCAUACAUCUCUCGGAGAAUGAAGAGGAUGUGAGUGUCGACGUUUUUGGCCAAGAGGUUCAUGUAGUUGUUAGCCCACCACAUGACAGCACAAGUAGCAGCAACAGGGUAAAGAUAAAGAAUAUUGUGGACUAUGGUUGGGAGCUGAAGUACAACCUUGGAAAGCAUGUCUGUGUGCACGUCUCUGGAACAUACCUGGCAUACGCUAUUCGAGCGGCCACAUCUCCUUCGGGAGCGGUGCGUGUCUUGAACCACAAGACUGGCGAGCGUACCCUGGUAAAGGGCCUGAGGGGACUGGUUCAGGACAUGGGCUUUGCCUGGCUCUCUUCCCGUAUCUUGCUGGCCAUCGUGGACGAGUAUGGCACCCUCUACGUGUACGAGAUUGACGACGAGUCCGGGAGCCUCACUCCGACGCUGCUCCUGCAGGUGGAGCGACCCGUGAAUGAAAAGCCCAGCGAGUACCGCAGGGUUGUGUGGUGCUCCUACGUGCCAGAUGGCGGCAUUCGUGCUGGGGAUUCCGACGAGGACGCCUCAAAGCUCCUGGUUGUCACCAACCUUGAAGAGGCCGAGGUCUGGAACGUGGGCACAGUUGUUCGAGAAUAUGGCUGUGGUAUUCUGACUCCCGAGAAGGUUAGCGUGGGUCUCCAGAGAAUGCUCGAGCACACUAUGCCCAUUACUGAUGUUGCAUUCUCGCCUGAUGGCACUGCCUUGGCCACUGCAAGUUCCGAUGGUGAAGUCGGUUUCUUUCAAGUGUACACACAGGAAGCUAUGAUCCCCAAAUGUCUUCAUCGUUGGGUUCCACACAAAAAGAAGCCCAUUUCUUGUUUGUUCUUUUUGGACAAUGUCAAGUCCUGUAGCCCGGACACUCAGUUCUGGAGGUUUGCUUUGACCGGAGCCGAGCACAACACGGAGCUAAAGUUAUGGAGCUGUAUGACGUGGGCUUGCCUGCAGACCAUUAGGUUUUUUGUAGCACCUGAUGACCCUGGCCAGCUUCCUGCCUUUAAGGCUGAGAUAGACCCUUCAGCCAGCUACCUUGUGCUCUCGGACAUCCAUCGCAAGGUGGUCUAUGUGGCACAGCUGCAGAUAGACGAGCAGUACAAAGAAGGGAGGUUGGUCUCCCUGGCUCAAUUUCCUGUUAUCCUGCCUGUUCUGAGCUUCACCGUGGUGGAGGCAGUCCGCUGCCGCUUCAAGCCAUCCACAGAUACCGAGCAUGUAGACCGCCUCGAUGCUGAGCAUCAAGCGGCUGAUGGGGAAGAGGAGGUGCGGGGUUCGGAGAAGCGCCACGAGGGUACCCUAGUGCGACUUUUCUGGAUGAACACCAAGUCUUUGCAGGCAUGUCACAUUGUGUACCCAACAGCCGUUGCGUCCUCAGCAGCGUCCAUCCGAACCCUGUCUCAGCACUCCCUGGUCUCUGGGUGUACGGAUCACCUCUCUGAACUCGGCCUCGAUGCAGAGGAAGCCGAAAAGUCCAAGGAGGAGGAGUACUUCCCUGACAAGGCCAUCAGCGAGGACACGAGGGAUCCAACUCCGUCGGACUUCUCAACGGCUGAAGUGCUCCUCACUCCAAGUGACUUUACGUCACCAUCUCACGUGACGAUCUUGACUUCUACUAAUGCUGCAGCUGGACCCCUGGUGGUUACUCCCUGCACACUGACGCCAGCCAACCACAGCGGCGACAGCGACUCCGCAACGAGCUUGAGCGAGGAGGCUCCGGAGGGAAUGCCCCUAUUGGGGGAGUCGAUCCCUCUGCUGGAAGUGAUGACGGCAGAGACCCCACUGCUGGCUGAGACCCGACCGUGCCAGUCCGGCGAAGAGGACGAACCGGCGCCGGGGGAACCUGAACCACCGAGGGAGGUGGCCAAGAGCACGCAGCGGCCCUCAUCUCAACAGAGCACGACGAGCACAUCAAGCCACGAGGUGGCAGACAUCCUGGCUCCCUCGGAGAGGCUGGCCAAUGCAAGCCACAGCACCGAAGAGGAGGAGGAGGAGCUCGACCUGGGGCUGGACUACGACUCGGCGGCAGAAGAGCUGCAGCCGAUAGGAGGGCACGGUGAAGGCGCCCUCCUUGCACCCCCCGUUGAAGUACCGCUCGUCAGCGCCUGCGAUGAGACGUAUGUGGAGGAGAGCAGCAAGGGCAAAGGAGAUGGCGCCUGGCCAGAAUUACCCAGCAGCACAGAGGCGUAUGCCGCUGUAGCAUCGGGGCUUGCCCCGGUGCUGCCCCCUGUGCCACCCCCAGUGCCGGUGGAGGAGCUGCAGCUGCUGGCGACACAACAGCUGGAGCAGACGUCCGCACUGGCCCAGUCCCUGGCUGCCCUGGCCAGUCAGGUGCAGCGCAUGUCCGAACAGCAUUCGCAGACUGACGACUUGCUCUCUUCCCUGGUGGCCGAGAACCGGGCCACGAGGGCUGCACUGACACGCUUCGAGGCCACCAUGGCUCAGUUGUCCAGUGAGCAGCGGAUCAGUGCAGAAAAACAGGCCAAUGCUGUGGUGCAGUAUCUCUCCUCCUCUCUGCCUGCCAGCCUAGACAAAUCCAUCUCCAGGGAGGUGAAGACUUCUGUGGUCCCAGCUGUUUGCCAGACAAUGGAUGGGAUGUGCAGCGAGGUCUCCAAGAGGUUGGAGGCGACAGAAGCUACUGUCAAGGACUCUGUUUCUAAAAUGACCAAGUCAAAGGCCCUUAUAGAAGCGGUGUCACAGGCGACAAGCAUUGCAGUGCAACCACAUGUGACUGCAAACUGCAGAGAGAUCCUGCAGAACACAUUGAUUCCCACGGUGGAGCACAUCUGCCAGAACUUGUUCCUGAGGCUUAACGAAUCUUUCAGCAGAGGAACACGAGAAUUUGUGCACCAGGUGCAGGUGUACCUGGAGAAGAAGAGCAAGGAGCGCGUGGAUGAAAUGACGAAGAAUGUGCGGCAGUCUGUGGAUCGCCACCUGCAGACUUCGGAGCGCUACAUGCAGGCCUCGGUGCGCAACCUGCAGGAGUCUCUGGCAAUCCCAGACCUUCAGGGUCCCAUGGAGCGCGCAGUGCACGAGGCAGUGCAGGGGCUCGGGGCAGCCGUGCACCAGUCCCUGGCUGGCCAGCAGGAGCAGCUUCUGGCUGCCCUGAAGGAGGAGCUGCGGGAGACCCUAAAGGAAUCAGUGGCCCAAGCGGCCGCCGAAGGAGCCACUGUCCGGUCCCAAAUGGCAACGCCAGUCCCCAUGGCAGACCCCCAGCUGCUGCAGCAGCAGAUUGGCCUGCUGGUUCGCCAGGGCCACUACAACACAGCCUUCCAGCAGGCUCUGUCGGUGGCUGACCUGAGCGUGGUGGUGGCCACCUGCGAGAUGGUGAGCCCGAGCAGCCUGUUUGAUGCAAGCCCGUGCCCCCUGCAGCAGCCAGUGCUGCUCUCCCUCAUUCAGCAGCUGUGUGCAGAUCUGGCAGCCAACACCGACCUCAAACUUAGGUACCUCGAGGAGGCAGUGCUCAGUUUGGACCGGGAAUACCCAGUGACCAAGGAGCAUGUGAAGGCCAUCCUCACUUUGCUGUGCCAGAAGCUGAACAAAUUUUUGGUCACUCAGCCGAAGCAUCAGUUGGCACGCAAUGUCAAGAGGCUCCUCAUGGUUUCUCAGUCCCUGUUGACCAGCUAGCCAGUACAAGGGCAUCUAAGGACAUACUUUCCUCAACCCCAGAUGUUUUGUGGUUCUGUUUUCGUGCUCCAAAAUCCUGAGCAAGUGCUGGUUGGAAAGUUGUAUUAUUAAGCUAGGAGCAGGCACUUGUUUGGCUACCCAAGAGGUGAGAAGCAAGGAGGAUGUGCCCAGUGCUUAGUUCUUCCAGGGCUCGGAAACACUUUGUAUGAUAUGACAAAUGCCAUGCUGCUGCUUGUGUGACAAACGCCAUGCUGCUGUUUGUGUGACAAAUGCCAUGUGUUAUUAGUGUAAGUGCUCCCACUCCCUUUUUGUGGCUGCAGUAAAAGUGUGUGCUCUGUGUUCAUUUUGAAUUUUAAGGGCAUCCAUGGUUUGAGGGUUAACCCUUGCUCAGGAUUUUUAGGCAUAUCAUAGCUCUCUGUUUUGAUCAUGCAGUUUUAUUGUUAAACAAAUUGUCAUGUUUCCGUCUCUUUUUUUUUUUUUUUUUUAGUGUGUGUGAAGAGGUGAUCCUCAUCUCAUCUCAUUUGCUUGCAUUUCUAUAGAAAUAAAGUUUCUAUUUAUUCAUA